AUGGAUAUAGCGUUCACGUUGGUUGUGCACAAGGACGUUGGUCAAAUUGCUCGACUCCUUCGAAUGAUUUACAGACAAAACAACUACUACUGCAUUCAUGCUGACAGCCGUUCAGACUGCUUAUUCAUAGAGGCCCUGCUUGGCGUGGCGACGUGUUUCGGUACAAAUGUGGAAUUAGUUCCAUAUGAAGAGCGCGUGGAAGUACAUUGGGGUUAUGAAUCGGUCCUGGUUCCACAAAUUACCUGUGCCAAACAGGCGUUGAGAAGUCAUGCUACGUGGAAGUACCUGGUGAAUUUGGUUGGACAGGAUUUCCCACUUCGAACCAACAUGGAGCUGGUGGCUGCACUGAAAGCACUCAAUGGAUCCAACCUCGUCGAAUCUGUUGAACUAUGCAAAUUUGCGUUUCGGACAAAUAACAGGCCACUACCAUUGGGGGUGAGUGGCUAG